GAAGACAUCAGAGCUGUGCAUGUGUACAGCAGAAGGGGGAGGACUGAGACUAUUCAGUGUGCACAGUGAAUGUGUUACAGCUGUAUCAGGAGGUGAUCAUGACAGUAGCAUGCCUGGAGAGCUGCCUCUAACUAGCCCUAGAGCUGAGGUCUAGGUCUCACCAACAUUACCAGGUCUUUAUGGAGUAAGAAAUACAGGAAGACACCAAGGAGGGUUUCCCUAAUCCCACACACACCUGUAAGCUGUUACUUCUCUCAGCACAUAAGGACAGGCAGUAAUGUCUGAACAGGUGGCAGCAGUGGCUGGAGGUGUGGUUGGGGUGGCCCUGCUGUUGCUACUGAUUGGAAUUGGGGUCUACAUCUUAUGGCGGAAGAGGUGCAUUGUCCCUUCGUAUGAGGAGCUGCUUAAUGUAACGACACCGACACACUCGCACAACAAUGGGGUGGACCACGGAAUGUCAUCCUCCUUAGGUUAUGCCAAGGACUCGGGAAUUAAGAGUGUCCCCUUCAUUGUGCCACCUAAAUUCCAUGGACGAGACUGGGUCCAUCUGCAAAAUGGAGAACGUAUUCAAGAGGACAGCGAGCCCUAUAUUGCCCCAGAUUUCCUCCCACGAUCAACCUUAUGUUCUAUGGGGGGAUCAUACGUUGUUGGUUCUAUCAACCCGGCUUUGUAUAAAUAUCCAGAGGACAAUGAAGAAACAGAUUUUCCAGAGGGGAACAUUGGCCGCAUCUGGUUUGCGGUGGAGUAUGAGUAUGAAACAGAGAGGCUGGUAGUUUCUCUUAUCAAAGUGAGGAAUCUGCACUUCAGCUCAGACUCCUGCAACCCUUUUGUGAAGAUGCAUCUCCUGCCCGAUGAGAGGCGCUAUCUGCAGUCAAAGACAAAACGUAAAACUUUAAAUCCACAUUUUGAUGAGAUCUUCGUGUUCCAGGUAUCUGGGAAAACAUUACAUCAGAGGACUCUGAGAUUUUCUGUCUACCAUGUGGAUAAAAUAAAGAAGCACCAUCUAUUGGGACAAGUUCUUUUUCCUAUGAAAAAUGAAAAUUUAACAGAUGACGGAAAACUCGUUAUAUGGCGGGACUUAGAACAAGAAAACUUAGAGCCACCAUCGGAGUAUGGAGACAUCCAGUUCUCUCUUAGUUACAACGACUACCUUGGACGUCUGACAGUGGUAGUGCUCCGAGCAAAGGGUAUACAGUUCCAAGAGGAUCGUGCGGUUGUCAGUUCAGCAUUUGUUAAAGUCUCUCUAAUGAAUCACAACAGAUUUAUCAAGAGUAAGAAGACAAAUGUUGUCCUUGGCACCCCAAAUCCUGUUUACAAUGAGACCUUCAGCUUUAAAUUGGAGCAAGGCGAAUUGGACACAGCAAGCCUGAGUCUCUCAGUCUUGCAGAACACUGAAGGAGAUAAAUGUAACGUACUAGGCCGUGUUGUGGUUGGACCAUUCAUGUACACAAGAGGACGAGAGUUGGAGCAUUGGAAUGAAAUGCUCAAUAAACCAAAAGAGUUGGUGAAAAGAUGGCAUUCCCUGAGCAUUAGCACUUGAGGUGUAAAGGCCAACCAAGAUGGAGAUACUCAGCAUGAAUGGAAGAGGUUGCUUGUGCAAGACGGCAAGAAAAUUGGAAGUGAGAGGAGAGGUGUCUGUAAUUAAUGGCAUGAACUACAGUAUUAUCUCCCAUGAGCCUUAGCUUUAGCCGGUUGGUUUGAGUAUACAGAGUGGGCUUUCCAAGGAAACUCAUUAGCUUGAAUGGACCAUGUAAUGAUAGCUUGGCUAUCCUUUCCACAGUGUUAAUUCAUACAUAUUAGCUCUCUAGUAAAAAUAAUGUAUAAUACAACAAUGUUGAAAAUAAAGACAUUCUAAACAUUUCUGUGCCUAAGGUGAUAAU